CAGCUUCAAUCAUUCCAUAUAAUAAAUCAUUUUUUGAUGUUGAUCCAACGGAUAAACAAUAUUCAAAAGUUGAAUUUAUAUUAUUGGACCCAUCUUGUAGUGGAUCAGGAAUCGUAAAUCAUUUAGAUAGAUUAAUUAAUGACUCUUUGGAUAAUGAACAUGUAGUGAGAAAUGUAUUGAAACAAACAGAUGAUUUUACACUUGCUGAUAGGAAAGAUGUGUUGGAAGCAUGGCCAAGACGUGGUAAUUCAAACGAAAUCGAUGAAGAAUUGGCAGAUAAACUUGUUUGUACAUCUCCAAAAGAAGAUUUUACUAAUGGAUUUUUUGUCGCAUAUGGAAAAAACUUUUGCAAAGAUGUUGAAAUUACUAGGAUUAUUGAACCUAUUGUUCAAAGCAUCGAAGAUUUGAAAUCUAAAUUUAACGAAUGUUAUUUACGAAAUGAUGUUUGUUGCAUGAAAAACAUUAACACCAAGGAUUGUGGUGAUAACAACGUAAACUUUGAUGAAAGAUCUCAAGAUCAACAACAUUAUUAUGAAACUCUGAUUAUUUCUGGAAGAUUAUUGGAUUUUAUUAUCAAUUAUAAUAUCAAUAAUAAUGAUGCAUCAUUUCAACUUCCCGAUGAAGCAAAAGAACAUCUUGAAUUUGCACGCAAUAUUUUAUUAGAAAAAGAAUUUAAACAACAAAAACCUAUCAACAACAACAAAUCACGUAGUUCAACAUUUCCAUCAACUCGAGAUUAUUUUUGUUAUAACAACAAAAGUGCACCUAUUCAUGCCAAUGCCAAUAAUAGUAAUAAUAACAAUGGAUACAACAAUAAAAGACGUCAUAACGGACAAUCAGCAUCAUAUCAUGCUACUAAUUACAAUGGUACAAAUUUCAAUAAUCGGUUAAAUAAUAAUAAUAAAUAUUACAACAACAACGCUGGAGGAAGGAAAGUUAUUAUUCAAAAUAAUAAUAAACCGAAUCAAUCUCGUUCUCUCCAUCCGUUUCUUCGUGGUUCAACAAAUGUUGUAAAUCCCUUUUAUCAACAACAACAGCAACAAAUUAAAAAUAAUCGUAGCGUUAAUAUUGACGGUGGAUUAAUUGGAUUUUUACCUUCGCGUUGUUUCAUUUGUCGUGGAUUUGGUCAUUUCGCCAAUGAUUGUUAUUACCAAAAAAAUAAGGAAACUAUUACACCUGACAAUAAUAAUAAUGCUACAACUUUUAUUUCUCCCAACAUCAUCAAUCAACAAAAAUUAGCUCGUCGUAGACGUGUUGCAGCAACUCGUUACAAUAGACGUAAUAACGCUAACGUUAAUAAUAAACCCAAAGAUGUUGUUAAUAACAGUGAUGUCAAUAACACCAACUUGCAUAUAUAG